AUGAAUUCACUGUCAGAUGAGUUUUCGUCACUUCUAUCAAAUGCACUUACCAGUCUAGGACACGAGCGACUAUUCAACAUUGCUUUUGUAUUCACUGUUGAAACUGGCUUUAUUCCAACUACUCUAGCAGAACAUUUUGACUCAACAAAUUCAAAUAUUAAAUUAGCUAAAAUGGUAAACAAUAUGCCACUAAAUUCAUUUUGGCAUAAAAAUCAUAAUAUUUUUAACGCUGAGCUAGUAAUGUCUAAUCAGUUAUGCCAUUUGACUGGUGUUCCUAAUCAUGAUUCAUUAAUUAUAACAUUAAGUUUUUCAAAUGUAUCUAAAUGCAUUUAUUUUGAAAUUGACGAAAGCAUUUCCAGUAUAAAUACAGAACAUGUAUUUAAUUUGUCUUUAAAAUAUAAAGAUUUGGUUAGCGUUCCAAUCAAAUGUGCCAUAUUGGAAAUCACUGUUGGUCAAUAUCCUGGUUUGUGCGGAAUACCUGAGGAGUUGAUUACACAUAUUGUAACAAAACUAAACAACCCCUCUGAUUUGUAUGAGCUGAUGAGAUGCUGUAAAAAAAUUUAUCAUUCAGUGAUAGACAAUCAGUUCUUAUGGAAAACUAUAGUGGUCGAAAAUUAUAGUCACGAAGCAGUGGUAUCUCAUCUAAUACGAGAUCCAAUUUUGGAUUGGAGACUUGUGUUUUAUGAAUUUAAUAGAUUAAAAUCUAAUAGAAGAGUAGUCGAUAUAAUAAGAGAGUGA